CUUGGCCUGAACGUGAAUGCGACAGGUUUGCCUCUCCUGCGCCUGCUUCACGUACUCGAUAGCUACCAUAGCUAGUGUUACUAACCAUUCUUGCCCCGCGAACUUCGCGAGACACUACAGCGACUUCAGUAACACGAACCCUCUGAAAAUUUCCGCGCCCUACAUUUAUUCCGCGGCCCAAAAGAACGCAGUUUCGUUUCGUAUCCGUCUCUGUAAUGGCUAGACAUCCGGCGGUCGCGAGAUAUGCGCCUUUCCUUCGCCGACCACCAUGCACCGCUGCGCGGCUCUCCGCUCAAACGCGGAGUUUCCGCGCCCUUGCCCUGCUCGCGCUGUUCCUCGCCGGGGCGGCGUGCCCCCCCGCGGCAUCUGCUGGCGGAAACCGCACCGCCGGGUUGCGUGGGCGAGCGCGGCUGCUGCUGCGGCAAAUAGCGCAAUCGGCGCAGCCUCAACAGGUGCACAUAUCACUGGCGGGUGCGGGACGAGUGCUGGUGUGGUGGGUGACGGCCAGCAGCACGGCUCCUGCUACGGUGGCGUAUGGGGAGAAACGCGGGCAGUACACCAAGGUUGCCUCAGGCGGUGUGACUCGUUAUAAGCUCAACAGUUACACGUCGGGCUACAUCCACAAGGUGCUGCUGGGGCAGCGCUGGAAGGACGGCCUCUUGAAGCCCGCCACCACCUACUACUACCGCGUGGGAGGGGCAGCAGGGGUUGGGCCUGAGAGGGCGUUCAAGACUCUUCCCCGUUGGACCCAAUCCAUCAACGUGGCAGUCAUGGCUGACAUGGACUCCACAACAGCAGCAGCCGCCACCGUCUCGCGCCUCUCCCGCACGCCACACUCCCUCCUGGUCUUCCCAGGGGACCUCUCCUACGCCAACGGCCACCAACCAGACUGGGACACGUGGCAGGCGCUCAUCCAGCCAGCGGCGUCCCUGCGGCCGUGGAUGAUGGCUCCUGGGAACCACGAGGACGAGGCUGACGAGGGGGCGCCGAGCCUCAACCCCUUCAAGGCGUACAACGCGCGCUGGCCCAUGCCAAGCACAGCUAGUGGGUCGCCCUCCAACCUGUUCUACUCGUUUGACAGCAGCAGCAUCCACUGGGUCAUGCUGUCGUGCUACUCGGACUACUCCCAGGGAUCUGCCCAGUAUAAUUGGCUUCAGGCCGAUCUAGCCAAGGUCAACCGCACGGUCACCCCCUGGCUGAUAGCCGCAUUCCACGAGCCGUGGUACCACAGCAACAAGGAUCACCAGGGCAGCGGGGACGACAUGCGGAUGGAGCUGGAGCUGAUCCUGUAUGCCGCUAAGACUGAUUUGGUGGUGUGCGGCCAUGUGCACGCCUAUGAGAGGACGGUGAGUGGCAGAAGAUCACAAGUGGACAGUCUGGGCAUGCACUUGUACAUGCGGAUACCUCUGAGCAGAUGCUGUAUGCCGCCAGGACGGAUGUGGUGGUGUGAGGGCAUGUGCAUGCCUAUGAACGCACGGUGAGUGGCAAUCGAGGCAUAAUGCAUGGAGUAUGCAUGGUGUACGCACGGUGCAUGGGCCUGGGGC